GCCUCACCUAUCAUUAUCAUCAACAUCUCAGUGACUGAAAGAAGAGAAGCCGCCGAUCUCGAUCUUCUGGUGCCUCUUCCUGAGUCUCCUCCUCUCGCACGUUCUCAGACGUCGCUAGAUAAUGAAGUACUCCUCCAUAGACGUCUCCAUGGAUCCUACGCGAGCCUUUAUCAAGAAUGUGAAGCGUCUCAUCGUUAAGGUUGGAACUGCUGUGGUUACCCGAGGUGAUGGAAGAUUGGCACUUGGCAGACUAGGAGCUCUCUGUGAGCAGCUUAAAGAACUGAACUCCCGAGGCUAUGAGGUCAUUUUGGUGACUUCGGGUGCAGUUGGUCUUGGACGCCAAAGGCUUAGAUACAGAAGAGUGGCCAACAGCAGCUUUGCUGAUCUCCAAAAUCCACAAUAUGAAUUUGAUGGAAAGGCUUGUGCAGCUGUCGGGCAGAGUAGUCUCAUGGCUCUUUAUGAUACCAUGUUCAGCCAGCUUGAUGUGACCUCUUCUCAACUUCUUGUGACUGAUAAUGUUUUUAAGAAUGAAGGUUUCAGAAAGCAACUUUCUGAUACAGUGAACUCAUUAUUAAAUUUGAGGGUUAUUCCUGUUUUCAACGAGAAUGAUGCAGUUAGUACUAGGAAAGCACCAUACCAGGAUUCUUCUGGUAUAUUUUGGGACAAUGACAGUUUGGCAGGUCUAUUGGCUUUAGAACUGAAAGCUGACCUUCUUGUUAUGUUGAGUGAUGUAGAGGGCCUUUAUAGUGGUCCUCCGAGCGAUCCAAAAUCAAAGCUAAUCCAUACAUAUAUAAAGAAAAAACAUCAAGGGGAAAUAACAUUUGGAGACAAGUCCAGGUUGGGAAGAGGAGGUAUGACUGCUAAAGUUGAAGCUGCUGUCUGUGCAGCUGAUGCUGGCAUCCCUGUUGUUAUUACUAGUGGUUAUGCUACAGACAACAUCAUAAAAGUACUUCAAGGAGAGCAUCUCGGUACUCUUUUUCAUAAAGAUGCACAUUUAUUGACUCAAGUUAGAGAGGUUGGUGCACGUGAGAUGGCGUUUGCAGCUCGGGAAAGUUCUAGACGGCUUCAGGCCCUACAAACUCAAGAAAGGAAGAAAAUAUUGCUGGACAUAGCUGAUGCAUUGGAGGCAAAUGAAAGUUUGAUUAUGGUUGAGAAUGAAGCUGAUGUUGCAGCUGCGCAGGAGGCAGGAUAUGAGAAGUCACUAAUAUCUCGUUUGGCGCUGAAACCUGGGAAGAUCUCUAGUCUGGCAAAAUCAGUUCGUAAACUUGCAGAGAUGGAAGAACCCAUUGCUCAUGUUUUAAGUAGAGUAGAGCUUUCAGACGGGCUUGUCUUAGAGAAAACAUGUAGUCCUUUGGGUGUUCUCCUGGUUGUUUUUGAGUCUCGACCUGAUGCUCUAGUACAGAUAGCUUCACUAGCAAUUCGAAGUGGGAACGGUCUACUGCUUAAAGGAGGAAAAGAAGCCAAGCGCUCGAAUGUGACAUUGCACAAGGUCAUUACUUCAGUAAUUCCAGAUAGUGUUGGUGACAAACUUAUCGGACUUGUGACAUCAAGAGAGGAGAUUCCUGAUCUGCUCAAGCUGGAUGGUGUGAUAGAUCUUGUAAUCCCAAGAGGCAGUAAUAAGCUUGUUUCUGAAAUUAAGAGUUUGACAAAAAUUCCUGUUCUUGGUCAUGCUGAUGGAGUUUGUCAUGUUUAUGUUGAUAAGUUGGCUAAUAUGGAUAUGGCAAGACGCAUUAUUCAUGAUGCAAAGACAGAUUAUCCCGCAGCCUGUAAUACAAUGGAAACACUUCUUGUACACAAAGAUUUAGUACAUAAUGGUGGGAUCAAUGAACUUAUUAUUGAACUCCAAUCUGAAGAUGUUACUCUACAUGGUGGACCAAGAGCUAGCACAUUCUUAAAUAUUGCUGAGGCAAGUUCGUUGCAUCAUGAGUACAGCUCAAUGGCUUGCACAAUUGAAAUAGUAGAUGAUGUGUAUGCUGCCAUGGAACACAUACAUAAACACGGAAGUUCUCAUACUGAGUGCAUCAUCACAGAAGAUAGUGAAGCUGCUGAAACUUUCCUACAUCAAGUUGACAGUGCUGCAGUAUUCCAUAAUGCAAGUACACGAUUCUGCGAUGGAGCACGCUUUGGACUUGGGGCAGAGGUUGGUAUAAGUACGAGCAGGAUUCAUGCUCGAGGUCCCGUUGGAGUAGAAGGACUGUUAACAACACGAUGGAUUUUGAGAGGCAAUGGGCAGGUGGUGGACGGGGAUAAAGGGGUUACUUACACACACAAGGUUCUCCCACUGGAAUCCUAGUUGUGCAGUAACAGAUCGGUCAGAGACACUGCAAUUUGUGGCUGUUUACCUUCUCAUGCCUAGUAUUACCUCCUGAGAUCCUAUGUAUUAUUCUACGGUGCAAUAAUUUUUUUUGUCCCAUGUCCAGAUUCUUUCUAUUCACCAGGAUUCUUCAUGGUGGGUGAAAAGUGAUAUUGAGGCUAACCAGUUUUGCUUGAAGCAAUUGUUUGAGCCAUUUGAUUGAA